AUGGAUCGACAAGGGGUCACCGGGGUGGUGCUCUUGUCCUGCGGCUCCUUCAACCCCAUCACCAACAUGCACCUGCGCAUGUUUGAACUGGCGCGCGACUACCUGGAGGACACGGGGAAGUACCGUGUGGUGAAGGGCAUCAUCUCCCCGGUGGGUGACGGCUACAACAAGAAGGGGCUCAUCGAGUCGUUCCACCGCAUCAGGAUGGCUCGUCUGGCCACGGUGACCUCGGACUGGAUUGAGGUGGACGGCUGGGAGAGCGAGCAGCUCGACUGGGUGGAGACGGCCAGAGUGAUGAGGCAUCACUGUGAGAACCUGGUCUCUGCGGAGCCGAAUGCAGAUGAGGUGGACACUGUGAAGGUGGGCAGGAAGAGGAAGCAUAAGGAGAUGGACUCCAGGUGCGAGGACCUGUGCUCCAAGCGCCAUCGAGCAGACUGCCCCCGGCUGAUGAUGCUGUGUGGCGCCGACAUACUGGAGUCGUUCGCUGUGCCGGGCCUCUGGAAGCAGGAGGACCUGGAGGAGAUCGCGAGCCACGGCCUGGUGUGCGUCACGCGGUCCGGCAGCGACGCCGAGGCCUUCAUUCACAGCUCGGACCUGCUGUGGCGCCACCGCCACGACAUCCACAUGGUGCGGGAGUGGGUGGCCAACGACGUGUCGGCGACACAAAUGCGCCGUGCGCUGCGUCGCGGCCAGAGCGUGCGCUACCUGCUGCCCGACGCCGUGGUCUCCUACAUCCGGGAGAACGGCCUGUACACGGCCGAGAGCGAGGAGAAGAACUCCGGCGUCGUUCUGGCUCCGCUGGAAAAACACUCCGAGAACAAGUCGAGCCCCGCCUCCUGA